AUGUCAUUGAAUUCAACUAGCCUAUUUAUUCUGGUAACAACUUUGGCUGAUGUCUAUCAGCAGCAUACUAUCGAGUUACUGGACAAAACUUUGAAAGACACUAUAAUCAAUAUUCUAGUUCUGAUAAAUAAAAUUGAUUUGCGUCUCAUUGCAGAGUGGGACAAGUUCAAAAGUCAAGACGAAGAUGAUGAUGAACCCGUUAAUGAUGGCUGGGCAGAUCCGAAUACAGCAACUGCUAAUCGUGCAGUUGUUAGUCCAACAGGAAAUUUUAGUGCAAAUGACACAGUAAAACAAUUGAUUGAACGACCAAAAAGAGAAUUAAUCGAAGGAUUGACAGUGGAUCAAACAGAAAGAGCUAAUCGUGUAACAAUUAUACCAGUUAUUCUGCAUGACUUUCCUGAAUCAAGUUCGACAUAUGCCGACUUGCGAGCAUUUGCACGUCGUGAACCAACAUUUGGUUCGUUGCUGGCCAAGUCUAAUGUUGAUAAAUGGAUAAUAAAAAAAUUAUUAUAA